AUGCCACCCCGACCAGCUGUCCCACAAAACCUCCUGCGCCAGCCGCUGCGCGCGCUCGCAACGGCCUCGGCUUCCACCUCGUCGGGGCCGUUCGCCGGCCUUCCUCCCCUCGCUCCGGCGUCGAUCAAGCCCACUCUCCCCACCACGAUGCCCGACGCGAUCCGCAAGCUCCGCGAAACGACGACGCCAAGCAAGGGCAUCUACUGCGUCGCGCGUCUCCACAGCCGCACGUACUUGCUGCACCCGCGCGACGUGCUCACGCUGCCGACCCUCAAGCCGAUGCAGGCGCCGGGAACGACGCUCGCGCUCACGCGCAUCCUCGAGGUCGGCGGGCGCGAGUACGCUAUCCGCUCGCCAGCGGCCGAUGGGAAGGAGCUGCGCAAGUCCCUGCCCAAGGGACCUGGUGUGGAUGCCAGCUUCGAGACUAUCCCCCCUUGGGUCGCUACCUGCGAGCUCACUGUGCUCGAGCACACCAAGAGCCCGCUCACGCGCACGUUGCUCAAGAAGCGUAGGAAGGGAUACCAGAAGACUAUCGAAAACAAGCAGGGCUGGACUCGGCUGCGUGUCGGCGACAUUGUGCUUGGCAGCGGCAUCGAGCCGACGUCGGAGCCGUCUUCUUAG